AACGUUAAGGUAAGCUAACGUGUUUGACCUAUUUUAACGCAAAACCUUCACAACAUUACUACCCCCACCCCUCUUAAAGAUUAUUUGGUCUCUUUUAUCUUCCAAGAAACCCAAUUUUUUUUCCUCAAAAGGGAGGAAAAAAUAGGUUAAAGAAAAUAAUGGAGUCGAAUAAAACGUUUUGGAUCAUCAUCCUGAUCGUCACGGUUUCUACCUUCCUAACGCCUAUGGUGGAGUCCAAAUCUGUGCCGCUCAGAGAUUCUUAUGUCGCGAGGUCUCUGCUCUCUGUCUCUCCACCUUCAGAGUCUCCAUCUUCCUCACCAGCUCCAGGUCCGGAAGUUGAAAACACGAUCGCUGUCCCAGCGAGUUCUCCUACAGAGAUUGAUAUAGACUCUCCCUCGCCGUCACCAGGGGCUCCUGCUGAUUCCAUUUCUCCUACUAAUGCUCCAACCACGAGCUCUCCCUCGCCGUCACCAGAGGCUCCUGCUAAUGCUCCAGCGACGGACUCUCCCUCUCCGUCACCAGAGGUAGAUAUGGACUCUCCCUCACCGUCAUCAGAGGCUCCCGUGGACUCAACUUCCCCUGCUAAUCCUCCGACGGAGAUGGAUAUAAUCUCUCCAUCUCCGUCACCAGAGGCUCCCGAAGAUUCAGCUUCCCCUGCUAAUCCUCCGACGGAGAUGGAUAUAGACUCUCCAUCUCCGUCACCAGAGACCCCCGAAGAAAUCCCCGGGGCCCCAUCUGGCAAAACACUUAUAAGUUCAGCUACAACUCUUCUGAAACAAACAUUGUUGUCUCCCGAGAUCAAAACCAUUUGCGGCAAAACCGAUAACCCUGAGCUAUGCGAAUCUUCCAUUAGUCCUCUGUUAACGGCUGCUAUAAAACCCGACGCUUCCUCUGUUCUCGUUCUCGCCAUUCAAGCUUCCAUCAACGCGACGAAGGCGGUGAUGCCUACCGUCAACAAAGUAGCCGCAGCGGAUUGUCAGGAGCUGUACGAUGACGCGGUGUCGAACUUGGAGGACGCGAUUAACGCCGUCAAUGAAAGUGACAUCGCCACCGUUAACAGUAACUUGAGCGCGGCCAUGACGGAUUACGGCACGUGCAACGACGGGUUUGAGGAGUCUGGUGAGCCUAACCCGUUGGCUGACGUGGCUGAUAAGCUUCACAAGAUGGUUAGUAAUUGUCUGGCUAUCUCUACGUUGAUCAAGUGAUGAAUAUAUACAUAAUGGCGUUACGUUUUCAAAUCUUGAGAUUGUUAAAACUAAACAAACUGUGAUGUUUCGCUAUCUCUACGAUGUAUUCAUAUAUAUUUUAAAGAGAGGUGAAGGUUUAGGCGUUA